AUGGGCUUCAGGUAUGGAUCAUUAGUGGAAGAUUUAUAUACAGGUUAUAGACUUCAAUGUGAAGGAUGGAAAUCUGUAUUUUGCCAUCCUAAAAGGCCUGCAUUUUUAGGAGAUAUACCUAUUUCUCUCUAUGAUGUGCUAAGCCAACACAAGAGAUGGUGUGUGGGCCUUCAUGAAGUUGUUUUCUCAAAAUAUAGCCCAUUGACUUUUGGGGUUAGGUCCAUGGGCUUUCUUAUGGCCCAUUGUUAUGCUAGAUAUGCAUUUUGGCCCACUUGGUGUAUACCAAUUACUCUAUAUGCCUUCAUCCCUCAACUUACUCUACUCAAUGGGGUUUCCAUCUUUCCAAAGGUUUCAGAUCCUUGGUUUUUCUUGUACGUAUUUUUGUUCCUAGGAGCAUACGGACAACAUUGUUUGGUUUUUAUGUCUUGUGAAGGGACAUGGAAAAGGUGGUGGAGUGAUCAAAGAAUGUGGAUGAUAAGGGGAUUAACAUCUUUGCUAUUUGGAACAAUUGAGUAUUUAACUAAUCGCUUCGGCAUAUCAACGCUAGGGUUCAACGUUACAAGCAAAGUAGUCGAUGAUGACCAAGGUAAAAGGUACCAUCAAGGAAUUUUCGAGUUUGGAGUUGUUUCGCCAAUGUUCGUUGCACUAGCAACUACUUCAAUUAUCAAUUUAGUAGCAUUCCUCACAUCAAUAGCACAAAUUUUCAAGGGUGAUCAAGAUUUGGAUGGUCUAUUUAUCCAAAUGUUUAUUGCUUGCUUUGUUGUGAUAAAUUGUUUGCCAAUUUAUGAAGGUAUGAUUUUGAGAAGUGAUAAAGGAAGAAUGCCAACAAAGGUCACAAUUUUCUCCACAUUUCUUGCUAGUAUUCUCUGUAUGUCAUUUGGUUUUCUUCUAAGAAAUGUUUAAUAGGAAAGUAUUUAUUUAUUUUUGUACUUUGGGACUUUUUGAUAUUGUUCUUGUAGAGUAUUAAUGUUGUCAUUCCUUAUAUUUAAGUGUAUUUGAAUCAACGCUUGUAUCAUUAAAUAUUUGUUUGAUCAUGAAAUUUCAUCAGCUAACAUCACUAAUAAUUUUA